GCAGCGACGGUGCGCAGCCCGUGUGACAUGCGUGCGCUCAGGCAGAGAAGGGGCAGCUGGUGGAAGAGUUGCCACUGCUGGGUUCUGUGGAUCAGGGCCCGAACCGGGUCAGUCUGGGAUCCGCGGGCGUGCCUGGAGUGUGCGUCUCUCUGCGUUUAUCAUUGAGGCUGCGUUAUCACCGCCGUCCCCCCAGCCAGCGCGACAGAACGAAGCUCCGUGCGAAGGAGCAGCAGACCCAUCCGGACACGAGCAACGGCUCGGCCAGGGAAAGGGCGCAGACCGUGUUAGGAAGCAGGUCGGUGCAUCUCAAUCCCUGUGUCAGUUAACAUACUGGCAGAAUAAACAGCGGAGCUCUUUUAUCUGAAAUCAAUCACAGCUCACGCACGGCUGUUUUUCCCCUCGUCUUCACCCGACGUGUGAAAUGAGGAUUAACGAAAUUGUGUUGCUACACUGGCGCUGUUCUGUCAUACGAGCCGGAGAAAGUCGGAUUUUGUUGAAUACAGGUGUUCUUUGAGGUGGAAAAAAAUAGAAACAAAAAGAGGCGGACGGAAUACGAUAUAAAUCUGAAGAGAAUACCUACCAAAAACACCGGUUUCAUCACUUGCCAAAAAUGACGCUUCUCGCUCUCUGGCCUCAGAAAUUAGUCAAAGGAUUCUGAAGGUUGUUCAGAAAAAAUUAUCUCCGUAGCAACCGCGGGACUGCGUCUGAUUCUAAGGUCAAUAAAUCCAUCUGAACUGGUGUGAAAUAUGGUACCCGGAACUCCUGCAGCGAUGCUUCCAGCCGCAGAAGCUGCCAAGAUCUACCAGACCAAUUACAUUCGGAAUUCCCGCGCCAUCGGAGUUCUGUGGGCCAUUUUCACCAUCCUGUUCGCAAUCGUCAACGUGGUGUGCUUCAUCCAGCCGUACUGGAUUGGGGACGGCGUGGACACGCCGCAGGCCGGCUACUUCGGCCUCUUCCACUACUGCAUCGGGAACGGGCUGUCGCGGGACCUGACGUGUCAGGGGAGCUUCACUGAGUUCAGCUCCAUCCCCUCAGGCGCCUUCAAGGCCGCGUCCGUCUUCAUCGGCAUGUCCAUGGUCCUGGUCAUCACCUGCAUCGUCUGCUUCGCGCUCUUCUUCUUCUGCAGCACCGCCACCGUCUACAAGAUCUGCGGCUGGAUGCAGCUCGCCUCCGGUACGUGCCUGGUUCUGGGCUGCAUGAUCUUCCCUGACGGCUGGGACUCGGACGAGGUGAAGCGCAUGUGCGGGGAGCAGACGGAUAAGUACACGCUGGGGGCGUGCUCAGUGCGCUGGGCCUACAUCCUGGCCAUCAUGGGCAUCCUGGACGCCCUCAUCCUGUCUUUCCUGGCCUUCGUACUGGGCAACCGGCAGGACAGCCUCAUGACAGAGGAGCUGCUGGGUGACAGCAAAGAGAGUGGACAUGCCUAAUACACAGGUUUGCUGGUGCCCAGUAGGGGCCAGUCUCAACGUAAUUUCACUUUCCAGCUUGUUACCCAUGGUUCUGAGGGUUGGAGUCUCUCCACAGCUGUGGGAGGAAAUGAUGUAAAAGAAGAGACAGAGGGAAGGAAGAGAGGAGAGGGAGAGAGGAGAGUGAGACAAGGGAAGGAGAGAGAGAUGGAGAGAGGGGAGAGAGAGGAAAGAGUUGUGUGAUGAAGUGAAGAGUCACCCUACAGCACCCAGAGGCCCCAUUAUCUUGUACAGACUUUGUACAGUAGAGUUUAGAUUAGAGUCACCUGCAUUAAAAGAUAUGGCACCACACUGAACACACACAUACUCAUCAAGGCAUCCUGCAGACAGGGGACCUUGUGUUAAAUAAAACAAAUACAGUAACAACACAGCAUAUUUCUACUAUGUUUCUCACAGUCAUGUCCUAGUUAGUAUGAAAAGUUAAUUCUCUUAUGUGGGUGUCAGUGUAUUUUUGGUGUUUCUGUUUAUUGACUUAAUCUGACUGGCUUUCUCUCGACUCAAAGUGGAGUCUGACCAGUUCAGUACCAGUAUAACUAAACUCAGCUGAGCGUGCUCGUGCUCGAAAUGUGGAAUCUGAAAGUAUAACUGCAUUGUACUGAGUGUGCUCUAAAGGUGGAGUCUUCGGUUCUGUAUUAUAGUAUAACCUCAUUCUACCGAGCUUGCUCCGAACGUGGAGCCUGAUUGGUUCUGUACCACAGAAUAACCACACUGGACUGAGCGUGAAGUCAUGUGGUAGGCCUUCAUGUCUGGCCCUGACAGACAGACAGCAGCUGGCUCUCAGGCUCCUGACAGCCACAUGGGGAUGCAGGAGCAGAGACUCUGGGAUGGCUGGACUGAACAGGAAGUUUAAGGAAGAGGAGAGCAACAGGUGAACUGAGCCCCCCAUCCCCCCCCCCCCAUCCCCCAUCCAACAGUGAGAGAUCUAACCUGUAUUUACACUGAACGUGAAACCGAAAGCUGGACCACACUCUAAAUAUUUUUACUGUUUUCCUCCUGGCAGUGACAACACAGACAGAUCACCACAUUGAAGAGUCCAUGUGCUUAUACUACAGACAUUUCAGUGUACUGAAUAUAUUCACUAUAUAUGUUAAUCCGUAUAUUUUGUCUUAAUGAAUCUGGAUUAUGUCGGUGACACACGGUAUUGUAAAAAUAUUGAUAUAGUUUAGUUUCUUGUGCCAUACGAUAUAUUUUGCCAAUACUGUUGUGUUUACAGUGUGUCUCCUGUGUGUGAACCAUACCAGAUUCAGCCAGGCUGGGUCUGUCCUUACAGCACUACAAGCCCUCAGUUAGGGCAGGGAAGCCAAUCUUCUCUUCAGUCCUCCUACAGCACUGCACUCCUCUCACUCUCAGUCUCUCCCUGGACUAAUGUUGACAGAGUUAAAGCCAGAUGUUCGGAUUGGUCAAAAUCUGGAUGGAGCGCCAGCAGAAAGCUGAAAUGACCUCUGAUGUGGAAGGCUGGUUUCACAUGUCUGUCUGAGAGGCACGUGAUAACUUUCACUGCAGCUCCAAGCACUGUGAGGGAGAGGAGCUGCCCGCUCCACCAAACACAGGCUCUGUGUGUGUGUGUGUGUGCUUCAAGUGCCGUCCCCAUGGAGAUGAAGGAAGCAAGCCCCUGAGACAGAGCUGUCAGAUUCUUGCAGCAGUAAGAAAGACAGGGCCGCCUUUUUUCCAUUGAGUGCUGAGGAGGCUGAGGAACCAGCCCUGCUGCCCUCGCAUGGGAAAUUAGGAGCAAAGGAUUCUGGGAUUUCGAGAUCAUUUCAAUACUCACAAGCAAGGAGGAUUCUCUUGGCCCAAGAGGGAGAGUGACCGUGUAAGGGAGACUGACAGUAUAAGAGAGGCUUGAUUCAGACAGGGGGGCGGCAGACAACAGAGACAGCGAGGCCUACAAGAAUCUUGGCCCUUCUUCCUCAGCCUGCACUCUGUCAGAGCAUGCAACGUGCUCCUUUUCAGGCUCUCAGCUUGUGGUGUCAGGAGAUGGCAGGAGAGCAAGCUGACACUUAAACGUGGUGACCCGCUGUGACUCAGCUGCAGUGGAGAUCUCAGCACUGCAGAGGAGAUCACGGAGCUGCAGAGGGGUUAGCAGUGUGUCCUCACUCAUGUAUUUAAGACACGGUCACACACUGAAGGUGCUCAUUCUGGUGAGUAGCCACACACACACACACACACACACACACAGGCUCCAUGGGCGUAAAUUACGGGGGGGAUGGGGGGGUUGUAACCGCCCCAGUAAUCAAAACCGGCCAAUACAACCCCCCCAAAUAAUCAUAUUCAUGGAGACCUCAACCCCCCUAAUGUUCAACCCAAACUUUUCCCUUCCUUUGCUUUCUGUGAGCACGGCAUUGUGUGGAAAGUUACUGAUCCCGUAAAGGGCAAAGUUAUGUUAUUAUACUCAUUUGACCUGUAGUAUACAACAGGUCAAAUGAGUAUAACAAGCGGUAAUAAACUGCAAAUUGAACCCUCCCUCCUUCUUUCUAUUUCUUUCUCAAAGCUUCCAGGAGUGCAGUGCCUCAGCAGAGACUGAACAGGAGGGUGUGUUGUGGAGACCGUUGUGUGUAUGGAUCAGGGAGGGAGAAGAGCUUAUAGCUGAUGAGUGACCUGGGGC